AGGACUCCAGGACCACCAGGACACACCCUCCACAACGCCCGGUCCUCGCGGUGGUGUGCCGGCCGUCACCCCCUGUCCGCUGUUCGCCGUGCCCGCUGCAAUCCGCCACGGCGCGCCACUGGAUUUCCGACGUGCAUCGAGCGCGCGCGCGCGCGCGCCAGAGCUGCCUGGAACGUGGCCGACGACAACCGGCGGUGGUGGUUUGAUUUUGAUUUUGCGAAGCACGUUGCCUUCGAAUUUGUUUAACCCCCCACACCCCCACUUCGCACACACACGCUCCCUGUAAACUAAUCCGCUUCCGCUUCCGCUCGCGCUUUCCAGAUCUCUCCCUGCGCUUCCGCUCGAGGGAGAGGGAGAGAUGAGGGAGGCGGAGGCGCCUCUGAUCGCCGAGGCGGCGGGGCAGCACAGGUCCCGCGGCUCCGGGUCGUCCGCCGGCACCGGCAGCCACACCAGCGGCGGCGGCGGCGGGAGGGCCUCGAGGCAGUACAACCGCCGCUCGGACGCCCUCGCCUACGGCGACCGGUACCAGAAGGCGGCCGCCCUCGUCGACCUCGCAGAAGAUGGUGUUGGUAUCCCUGAGGAUGUCUUGAAUGACACAAGGUUUGAGAGGGCUAUGAGAUUCUAUUUUGUGUAUCUCCGGUUGGAUUGGCUGUGGUCACUUAACCUAUUUGCUUUGAUUCUCUUGAAUUUUCUUGAGAAGCCUCUCUGGUGCCGAGGAUAUGCUCAACAUGCUUGUGAUCAAAGGGAUCUUUACUUUCUUGGGGAAUUGCCAUACUUAAACAAAACUGAAUCUCUUAUAUAUGAGGGGCUUACACUUGUUAUUCUUGUAAUGGAUAUCUUCUAUCCACUGUCGUAUGAAGGUUUAAAUAUAUUCUGGAAGAACACUAUUAAUAAAUUAAAGGUUCUUCUUCUCUUCAUCUUAGCAUGUGACAUACUGUUGUUUGCAUUUAGUCCUCAACCUUUCAGAGUAGCUCCCUACAUCCGUGUCUUGUUUCUAAUAAUGACUAUCAGGGAACUGCGAAUGUGUGCUGUUACACUGGUUGGUAUGGUUGGAACAUAUCUUAAUGUUUUGGCCCUUUCACUGCUGUUCCUUGUAUUUGCAAGCUGGCUAGCUUACGUAACAUUUGAGGACACACUGCAAGGAAAGACCCUUUUUUCUUCAUAUGGUGCCACACUAUACCAGAUGUUUGUUCUUUUCACCACCUCCAAUAAUCCUGAUGUAUGGGUUCCUGCUUAUAAGAGCUCUCGUUGGUACUCGCUAUUUUUUGUUGUCUACGUACUUUUGGGAGUUUACUUCCUAACAAAUUUAAUUCUCGCUGUCAUUUAUGAUAGCUUUAAGGAACAGCUAGCAAAGCAAGUUUCUCAGGCAGACUUUAUAAGGAAAAGCAUACUAGAGAAGGCAUUUGGUCUUAUUGAUGUCAAUGGUCAGGGUUAUCUCAACAAAGAGCAGUGCCUAUCAUUACUAGAUGAGCUCAACAAAUACAGAUCCUUACCGAAAACUUCAAGGGAAGAUUUUGAAUUAAUUUUUGCCGAGCUUGAUCAGAGUGGUGAUUUCAAGGUUACCUCUGAAGAAUUUGCUACACUGUGCAAUACAAUUGCAAUAAAAUUCCAGAAAGAACCACCGCCAUCCUGUCUCGAGAAGUAUCCUUCUUUCUAUCAUUCAGAACUUUGUGAACGGUUGAAAUCUUUUGUGAGGAGCAGACUGUUUGAGUAUAUUGUUGUUUUUGUUCUUCUGAUGAACCUAGUCGCUGUCAUUAUUGAAACAACGCUUGAUAUACAAAACAGCUCCUCACAGAAAGCGUGGCAAGAAGUUGAGUUUGUCUUUGGAUGGAUUUAUGUUAUAGAGAUGGCACUCAAAAUUUUUUCAUUAGGAUUUGGUGCUUAUUGGAUGGAAGGUCAAAACAAGUUUGAUUUUGUGAUUACUUGGACUAUAUUUAUUGGAGAGGCUCUAACAUUUGGCUUCCCAUCAAAGCUUUCUUUUCUUUCAAAUGGGGAAUGGAUUCGGUACCUUCUUCUUGGAAGGAUGCUACGCUUAACAAGAAUUCUGUUGCAAGUCCAGCGUUUCAGAGCUUUUGUUGCGACAUUCUUUACUCUGAUGUCUAGCUUGAUGCCAUAUUUGGGGAUUGUAUUCUGCACCCUUUGCAUUUACUGCUCCCUUGGUUUGCAGAUAUUUGGGGGCAUUGUGUAUGCAGGAAACCCAACACUGGAAGGAACCGCUCUUUUCGAUAAUGACUAUCUUCUUUUUAACUUCAAUGACUAUCCAAGUGGUAUGGUAACUCUGUUCAAUUUGUUAGUCAUGGGCAAUUGGCAAGCAUGGAUGGAGAGCUACAUGCAAUUGACUGGAAGUUCUUGGAGUCUGAUUUAUUUUGUCAGCUUUUACCUCAUUUCAGUAUUACUUCUGCUUAAUCUGAUUGUGGCAUUUGUGUUGGAGGCAUUUUUUGCUGAGAUGGAAUUGGAGAAAGAUGGAGAAGCUGAUAUCCAGGAUUCUACUUUGGAAGGAAGAAGCAGACGGCGAGCUGUGCGUGUGAGGUCAAAGGGCACCAUGGUCGACAUUCUUCUGCACCAUAUGUUGAGCAAUGAACUUGAUGGAUCUCAAAACUGUGACCAGUAAAUUAUAUUCAUGGUACUACUCUUCUCUUCACUCCAAUGGCAAACCUUGUAUAAUUAAGUUAAUGGAUACUCCCUCUGUUUCAUAUUAUAAGAUGUUUUGUCACUAUUAAGAUUCAUCCAUGAAUCAAUAGAUAUGUUUUAUAGUGUGUCUAGAUUCAUUACUCCACAUAGAUGUAGAGAGCACCAGGUAAUGCGAAACGGAGGCACUACAUGUUAUGGAAAUGCCAGGAACCAUUUUUAAUAUUUCUAAUGCAUAUACCAUGUGACCGUGUACUGAUAUCCUUUUACUCAGAUAUAUCAUGAUAGGUAAUUAAUA